CCGAGUCAAACCUCCCACCGUCUGAGCAUCCUCCAGCUGCAGGGAAAAAACGAGAAGCUAAACAAGCAAAAGUUUCCUCCGAGUCGAGAAAAGAGGAGCCGACAUGGAGGAAAAGCUGCCGUUGGUGUGAGCGACCGAGGACGGUGAGGGAGAGUCGGUAAACACGGUGAGAGAUGAUAACUUAGCUCGGGCUGCUAGUUUGAGAAAAGCUAAAGUGUGGGAAAGUUUGAGGAGCUGCUAUGGCGCGGCGGAGCAGCGAAGACACCGGGACGGUCAAAGCUCCGGAGAGCAGGAGGCAGAGGAAGAAGAGGAGCAAAGAGAACAAAACCAGGACGGUCCACGCAAACCUGCUGUACGACGCCGCCAACAAAGGAGAGGAAAACCCCAACAGACACUACGCUAACAACAAGAUCAAGACAACCAAGUACACCGUGCUGUCAUUCCUGCCCAAGAACCUUUUCGAGCAGUUCCACAGGUUCGCCAAUGUUUACUUUGUCUUCAUCGCUCUGCUCAACUUCGUCCCGGUUGUCAACGCGUUUCAGCCCGAGCUGGCUCUAGCUCCGGUGGUCUUCAUCUUGUCCGUCACCGCCAUCAAAGACCUGUGGGAGGACUACCGGAGACACCGGUCCGACAAGGAGAUCAAUCACAUGGACUGUCUGGUGUUCAGCAGAGCUGAGAGACGCUAUGUGGAGAAGUACUGGAAGGAGGUUCGGGUGGGAGACUUCAUCAGGCUGCGAUGCAACGAGAUCCUCCCCGCCGACGUCCUGCUGCUGAGCUCCAGCGACCCCGACCGGCUGUGUCACAUCGAGACCGCCACGCUGGACGGAGAAACCAACCUGAAGCAGAGGCAGGUCGUUCGCAGCUUCUUUGACCUGGACUGCGAGUUCGACCCCUUGAAGUACAACAGUAUAAUUGAAUGUGAAAAGCCCAACAACGACCUGAACAGAUUCAGAGGCUACAUAAUCCAUCGAAGCGGCAGAAGAGAUGCACUUUACAAAGAAAACCUGCUGCUGCGAGGCUGCACCAUCCGCAACACAGAGGAGGCUGUGGGAAUAGUCAUUUACGCAGGUCAUGAGACCAAAGCCAUGCUGAACAACAACGGCCCGCGUUACAAGCGCAGCAAACUGGAGAGACAGAUGAAUGUAGAUGUGUUCUGGUGUGUCGUCAUCCUGCUGGUCUUGUGCCUGUUUGCUGCUAUUGGUCACGGGCUGUGGAUGUUUCAGUACGGAGAUAAGAGGCCUGUGUUUGACGUUCUUAGUCCAGAGGGGACGGACUUAUCGCCCAUCAUGUCAGCCAUUUAUCUCUUCCUCACUAUGAUCAUCGUCUUUCAGGUGCUGAUACCCAUCUCCCUUUUUGUGUCAAUUGAGAUCGUCAAGAUCUGCCAAGUGUACUUCAUUCAUCAGGACAUGGAUCUGUACGACGAGGAGACAGACUCUCACCUGCAGUGCAGAGCACUUAAUAUCACUGAGGAUCUGGGCCAGAUGCAAUACAUCUUCUCUGACAAGACAGGCACACUGACUGAGAACAAGAUGGUGUUUCGACGCUGCACUGUGGCAGGGGUGGAGUACUCCCAUGAUGCCAAUGCCAAAAGACUUGCCAUGUACCAAGAAAUGGAUUCUGAGGAAGAGGAGUGUACGUCUCACGGCGGCACCCUGCCCCGGCGGGACAGUGUUACCAGCCACCAGAGCGCCCGAGUGGUGCUGCGAUCCCAAAGCACCAAGUCCCACCGCAGGACGGGCAGCAGGGCGGAGGCCAAGCGAGCCAGCAUCCUGUCCAAGCACACAGCCUUCAGCAGCCCCAUGGAGAAAGAUAUCACCCCUGACCCUAAGCUUCUAGACAAAGUCAAUGACUGCAGCAGUCAAAUGGACUUCAUGCGCUUUCACAGCCAGCCCAUGUCCCAGCUGCCCUCUGACCUCUCCGACACCAUUGAUUUCUUCAUCGCUCUCACCAUCUGCAACACGGUGGUGGUGUCCUCCCCCAACCAGCCCAGGCACAAGGUCCGGAUGAGGUUUGAGCUGAAGUCUCCAGUUAAGACCAUCGAGGAUUUCAUCAAACGCUUCACCCCCAGCCGGCUGACCUCCGGCUCCAACAGCAGCAGCUCCUCCAGCCUCAUCACCAACCGCUCCUCCAAUAAGGGAUGCUCCAGCCUGCUGUCGUCUCCAUCGGCAGAGAGCACGCUCACCAAACUGCACGAGGAACGUUCAUGUGGAGGUUUGGAAAACGCCUUCAGCCCCGUCCCGCCCAGCUACGAUGGAAAGGCCUCCUGGAACAUAGAGGAAGGAGAGCUGCGCUACGAGGCUGAGUCGCCGGAUGAGGCUGCGCUGGUCUACGCCGCCCGGGCCUACAAGUGCUCCCUCGUCGGACGUCUCCCCGACCAGGUGACUGUGGAGCUGCCUCACCUGGGGAAGCUGAGCUUUGAGCUGCUGCACACUCUGGGCUUCGACUCCACCAGGAAACGCAUGUCUGUGGUGGUUCGACACCCUCUGACGGAUCAGAUCACCGUCUACACCAAAGGAGCCGAUUCUGUCAUCAUGGACCUCAUCAAACCACCCAACACAGGUAACUCCAAAGGGAAAAGGCAGAAGAAAAUCGUCUGCAGGACUCAGAACUACCUGAACCUGUAUGCAGCAGAUGGCCUUCGCACACUGUGCAUUGCAAAAAAGAUUCUGAGCCAGGAGGAGUACGCCUGCUGGCUGCAGCGUCACUUGGAGGCUGAGACGGCUAUUCAGGGACGAGAGCAGCUGCUGUUUGAGUCGGCCCUGCGACUGGAGACAAACCUCCAGCUCCUCGGAGCGACGGGCAUUGAAGAUCGACUGCAGGACGGAGUUCCUGAAACUAUAGCUUCUCUGAGGAAGGCUGGCCUGCAGAUUUGGGUGCUGACAGGUGACAAACAGGAAACAGCCGUGAAUAUCGCAUAUGCCUGCAAGCUGCUGGACCCCGAGGAGGAGAUCCUGACGCUCAAUGCUGACUCUCAGGAGGCGUGUGCGCUGCUGCUGGAGGAGAGUUUACACUACAUCCAAGCCAAAUUCCUCUGCAGCUCUGCAGACCAAACCACCAAGGCCUUCCAUUCCAGCUUUGCGCCCUUUGACCUCCAUCCCUCUUCAUCUCUGUCCUCCUCAUCCUCCCACGCCGCUCCCUUCCUGGUACACCGGCUGGGCCUGGUGAUUGACGGCCGGACCUUGGCCUACGCGCUGGAUAAGAGUUUGGAGGAUAAGUUUCUGGCUGUUGCGCGCAGCUGCCGUUCGGUUCUCUGCUGCCGAUCCACUCCGCUGCAGAAGAGCAUGGUGGUCAAACUGGUGCGGAACAAGCUGAAGGUCAUGACUCUGGCUAUAGGUGAUGGGGCCAAUGACGUCAGCAUGAUCCAGGUCGCAGACGUCGGUGUUGGGAUCUCUGGACAGGAGGGCAUGCAGGCGGUGAUGGCGAGCGACUUUGCUCUCCCACGUUUCCGGUAUCUCCAGAAGCUCCUGCUGGUCCACGGGCACUGGUGCUACUCCCGGCUGGCCAACAUGAUUCUCUAUUUUUUCUACAAGAAUGCCAUGUUUGUGGCGCUCAUCUUCUGGUUUCAGUUCUACUGUGGAUUCUCAGGUUCAGCCAUGAUUGACCAGUGGUAUCUCAUCUUCUUCAACCUGAUGUUCUCUGCCUUCCCACAACUCAUCACUGGCACUCUGGACAAAGACGUGUCAGCAGAGACUCUUCAACACCUACCUCAGCUCUACGUGAACGGCCAGAACUCCGAGGAAUAUAAGCCAUAUAUGUUCUGGAUGAACAUGAUUGAUGCCUUCUACCAAAGUCUGAUGUGCUUCUUCAUUCCUUACUUUGCCUAUGCUGACUCUGACAUGGAUCUGUUUACAUGGGGAACUCCCAUCACCACCCUCGCUUUGUUCACCAUUCUGCUACAUUUGGGCAUCGAGACCAAAACCUGGACCUGGAUGAACUGGCUGUCGAUCGCUUUCAGCAUCGCCUUAUUCUUCACCGUGGCUCUGUGCUACAACGCCUCCUGUCCCACCUGCUACUCGCCCUCCAACCCCUACUGGACCAUGCAGAGGCUGCUGCAGGACCCGCUCUUCUACCUGCUCUGCAUCAUCACGCCUGUAGCCGCACUGCUGCCUCGAUAUUUCUACAGGGCGUGUCAAGGCACGUUGUUUCCAAGCCCAGUCCAAGUUGGAAGACAGUUAGAUAAACUCCCUGCUGACACCCGCAGGAACAUCCUCAGCCUGACCAGGGUCAAGGUGGGGUCGCCGCUCAGCCCCAAGCCUCCCUUCCUGUCCCUCAGCAAGGCCUCACCUAAAGGAUGCAAUAAAAAUGACCAGAGGAGCAUCAGCGGCUCCAAGACAUUAGAGGCCACACAGGGGCAAGCAGAUGAAGAGGAGGACCGGAGCUGCCUGUCGGGGCCCACGGACAGUGAGAUGCACCUCUCAGAUCUCUACACAUUAGUUCCUUCAGAAAUAGACACUCUUCCCUACACCAAAGACGCUCCUCAGCCCGCGGGGGAGCUGCAGCCUCCUUCCACCGAAGUUUCGGAGUGCCUCGAUAAGACUUUAGAACCGUCAGAUGUGAGUCUGUCCAGCUGGAUCACCUCCACGCCUUUGCUCACGCCGGCGGACAGCGUGCAGCUGAACCUGCUCCCGGACGGAGCUCCUCAGUGCGUCAGAUACUCGAGGAACUCUGAGGACAGACUCAAACCCGACCAUGCAGUUCAUCCAGCACACAGGACAGAGCAGGAGGUGGAGCAGCUGCUGCACACCAAAUUAUGAUGCCUUACAGUCUUAUGUUACUCAAACUCCAAUUUGCACGAUAGUUUUUUAAAAUUUUAUUGUAUUUUUCAAGGAGAUUCUUUUAUAAAAGACACAAAGAGGUACUUUAUAUUUUGGAUGUAACGCUAAAGUAAAGAUACUCUAGAGGUUUGGGAGAUGUAAGAACUGGAAUAUCUCCCCUUUCUUUUUUUGAAUACUGGGAAAUUUGGAUUUCACAAAGAAGCAUCUCAGUACUUGAUCAGGUUCUAAUGUAAGAAUGAGGAGAGUCGAGACAUUCCACUGCCGGGUUAUUUGGGAGUUUGUUUUCUCUCUGAUAUGGUACCCUGUUCGUUCUUUCAGCGAGCCCUGUAAAUGCAGUAAGACCCGGAUCAGACACCACUGUGGCCUUGAAUCACUGCUGGUAUUACUCCUGAGGAGAGAAGUUUAAUAUGUUUUAAGUCCCCACAGAAACGUAAUUUCUUUGAGGACUUCCAUGCAGAUAAUUCCAAAGUUUUAUAUUUACAUACAGCAAAUAGUGGCAUUUGCUCAGUGCACGUUUUAGUCUUGUUGCUGGACAGUUUUUGCUCAAUUUCAAAGAAUAAAAAGUGUGUUCAUAGCUGUUCUGUUGCACAGUACAUUCCGCUGAAAAUGUAUGAGCUGUUGACUUUAAAUAUAAGUAUGCAUCAUAAGAGUUCAUCAAGAAGUUUUCAUUUCAGUCUUUGUACACUCAGAAUCUACCAGGAAUUAUGCUCUGUGUGAGUAUGUGUAUGUUUGUGUAUCCAUGUCUUUCUAUGUUUGUGUGGAUCAAAAUUUUAGUUUUAUAUGUUGUAGGGUCAAGAUUUUUUUUUAAGGUUUAGGUUGGAGUUAUUUAGUUGUGAUGGUUGCAUUUGGAUUAAGGGUUAGGGGAUGCAUUAGCUCAAUUUUUGUCCUCACAAAGACAGAAAGACAUGUAAAUGUGUGUGUGCUUAUUCAUUGAGUCAUUGUAUCUCUUUAAACGGUGCCUGCCAGUUUAAAUGAGUAUAGAUCUGCAUUUUUGGCAUUGAUGGCCCUUUUUGCCAAUAUGACAGAAUCAAUACAGUUAAAUAUGAAGGUAAUGCCAGAGACAGACUGAAAAUAGUGGAGACAGCCAGAGUGGUUGUGUCCAAAUAUGAAAGAAAAAAUCCUCUUUCUAGCUAUGUUAAAUCUCUUUUCUUUUUCAACCUGCACAAAAGUAUGUGCUAGAGUUUGCCAGGUAAAAGGCAGAAUCUCAAGAUGCACCUAGCAAAAAAGUAGUGCAACCUUUAAUUCUGGUAAAACUAUUAAAUGUUGUUCCUACACUUCAGUUUUUGUAUAGCUUUAUAAAACAGACCUGGGCAAGAUAAGCUGAUGGAUUUUGUUACCUUUAGACACAGCGAUCCAAGCUGUAUCCCCCUCAGCUAAGCUAACCGUUGUGUGGCUUCAGCUUCUUAUUUAACAAACGGACAUGGCAGAUAUCAUUUAGUUGGGCUGAGACAACAGUUAGCUUAGCAUAAAGACUGGAAAAGUUAGUCUGGCUACCAGCUGUCAAGAGCUAACAAAAGUUUGUGUUAUAACUGGAGUUUUGGUGUCACUUGUUGUUCAGAGACAACCAAAAGUAGUGCAGCUCUUCCUUGAAGCUACCAUCACAUUUCAUAAACAAGUGUACUUGAAGGUCCUUUUAUAGCAGUUUAUUUCAUAUGUUGAGUUUAUCUGAAGCCAGUCUUGUUUUUUUUUGUUUUUUUUUCUGCCCAUGUUCAGCUGUAAACCAAAUCCCCUGUGCCAUUCAUCCAAGGUUCAUUCCAAAUGCAAAAGAUGCGGCAUUAAAUUUUAAAUUUGCACUUUGAAAGCAGUUUGUCAGAAUUGCCACUGAGUAUUGUUGGUGACGUGUGCAGUGCUCAGAUACAGAAUACAAAGAAUGGGAGAUUUCAUUCUUACCUUUGCAAACAACACGAUGUGUUGGUCAUCAAAGUAUGGAAAAUUGGAAAGAUUCUACAGUUUAUUGUUCAGCAUUUAAAGCAGCAGCACCUUUAAUAUUUUAUGAUUGUUGUAUCUCUUGUCUCAUUGCAGUAUGUUUUUGUAUAAAGUAAAACAUUUACCAAAGGUCAUUUAUAUUUCUGUAUUUUCUAAGCAAUCGUAUGUGCCUUAACACUGGAUAAGAAAUUACAAAUCUGCUCAUGAUGCUGUAUUUGUUUGAAGAUGAUGGAACAUCUUUGUGUUUUUGGAGAUGUUUUAUGAGGCUACAUGCUAUGUGGUUUCUGUCCUCCAGCCUUUUUAAUUCUAAUUUUUCUUUUUUUUUUUUUUGCCGACGCUGUCUCUCUGGCAUGUCGUUACAAUUCUGACUCCACAGUCUGUUCAGUUUGUUUUAUAGGUUCUGUCCGUUCUGUGCUUUUGGCGUCGCACUUUGUGUGCCAGACUGAAGCUCGAGCGUUUUCACUGCGGCAUUCCAACGUACCCACUUUCACAUAUUCUUCACAGGAACAUUCGUUCAUUUCUCUUCACACAGCCUUGAAUAUAUCUGAGCUCAUUUUGUUGGCUCUUCAUUUCUAUUUUGGUGUGAAGGUAGGCCUACAGUUGUAACACUCAUCAGAGCUGUUUACCUGCUCUUAAACCUUGAUUUCAGUUUAUGUCAACGUAUUCAUCUGGAUACUUUAUAGUUGGGAAAUUGGUGUAGUAUGCAAGAAACACUGAAAAGCUUCAUGUGAGAAAGACUUUUUUUUGCCAGAAUUUCUUAUUUUGCAUCAGCUCUUUGUCCUUUGAGUAAUUGGACUCUUCCUGUACAUGGCAACUUGUGAACAAAAUAAAAAUGGUAAUAAUAAAGUA